AUGGAAGUUCAGGCAGCCCUAGGAAUGAUUUUGUUGUUCCAUCCGGAGAGAUGCCUAAAGAAGCCAGGAGAAAAGGUCAGGAAAAGCAAGUUCCAGAAAGAGGUUUUGAAGAAGAUAUAUCAAGCAACACCAUAUCCAACAUGGGAGAACAAGAUUGAUAUCGGGAUCUUAAUAUCCUUAUCACCAAGAGCAGUGGAUAUAUGGUUCCAGAACAAAAGACAUAUCAGCAAAGGAAAGAAUCAAAGCAUUGAUGAGAAUGCAGACUCCAAGGCAAUUGACCUGUGGGAGAUUAUGUCCAUUGUUAAGAAUACACCAAGGUAUUGA